CCAUAUGUAUGUAAGCUCUGUUAAAAGCAACGUGGCAUACUUUAUGGAGAUUUAAACGUUUAUAUACGCAUAUGAUGUUUGCUGAAGUGAAGUUAUCGGAUGCAAACGAAUAUUUCAUAUUGUAUCCAGCGUGUCAGCAUAUUAAUAUAAUAUGCUAAAAUUACUGAAAAUUAAGACUGCGUUUGCAGUCAUUGUUAUUUAUUGUGUGUGUAUGUGCUUUAUAUUGCUUUAUUUCCCGUUCAAAAUGAGCGUGUUCGAAGCUUAUGAUAACUACAACAAAAUCAUAAUGCAUUACAAACAAAAUGUGAUUUCAAGAGGAAAUAAUCGUUUAAAAGGAUAUAAUCCAAAUGGUCUGAUUAUUAGUACCCAAGGACCCGUGAGGAGAACUGAAGCAACAUGGCAAAAUACCACAUAUGCAGCGGAACGAAAAAGUGGCUAUGUAGAUACUACCAAGGAGUCAGUUUCUACGGGGAAAAUCCUGACAUUUUCGUUUGACGAAGUUAGAGAUUUAUACUCACAACUUCAGCAAACGCGCAGUCGGCAUAAUAUGAUUAACUGUAGCAAAAUCGUUAUUGACGGUGAUCUGCUGGAACUGUCUAAAGCACAACAGACAAUGAAAGAAAGUGCUAGACCUGCAUUAGAUGUGACAUUUUUCAAGAAUAUCUCAAAUUGUGGACAUUUCAAAAAGCAGCGAGGCUAUAUUACACAUCAACUUAGCGAGAAAGAAAGCAAUUUUCCAAUCGCCUUCUCUUUGAUCGUUUAUAAAGACAUCGAACAGGUUGAAAGAUUGUUACGUGCGAUUUUUCGUCCACAGAAUAUGUAUUGCGUACACAUUGAUUUGAAAGCAACUACAGAUUUUAUUAUUGCGAUAAACACGAUCACAAAGUGCUUCGAAAAUGUUUUUAUAGCACCGGAAUUAUUGAAUGUAACAUGGGGUACAUUUUCUGUUCUAGAAGCAGAGAUGGUCUGUCUACGAAAACUUUUAAAUUUUAAGAAAUGGAAGUACUUUAUCAACCUUACCGGCCAGGAAUUCCCAUUGAAGACGAACAAAGAGCUCGUUGAAAUACUUGAAGCACUCGAUGGUGCCAAUGUUGUAGAUGGUACGCUUUUAAGACCAAGCAUGUAUGAUUUCCAUAGAUGGACGUUGGCCAGAAAACCGCCGCCACAUAAAAUUAGACCGGUCAAAGGCUCAGUCCAUGUGGCAAUCAAUAGAUAUAUGGCCGACUAUGCUGUACACAAUGCAAAGGCUCAAGACUUCUAUAUGUGGCUUCGAGAGACAUCUUUCCCGGACGAAUCAUUCUUUUCGUCCCUAAAUUACAACCCAAAUCUCAGGAUAAACGGAUCGUUCAUAGGAAAAAUUGAAGACCUUCCAAGUGAGCGUUUCAUUGCCCGGUAUAAGGUGUGGAGGGGCUUUCAGCAGCCGUGCGGGGGCAAGUACGAGCGCGACAUCUGCGUGCUGGGCGUGGCGGACCUGUGGCGCGCCUACCACGACGUGGGGCUGUUCGUGAACAAACUGCACCUGAACUAUCAGUACCUCGCCUUGGACUGCCUCGAAGAAGUCAUGCAUGAGAAAACGUUGAGGCAAUUCAAUGACAACACCACGAUCGACACCAACUUUUAUAAACAGUUGUAUUUUGUACAGCAUAAAAUUAUACUUUGAUCAUGGUUCGAAAACAGACGUAAAAAAGGACACACACAAAAUUGUUUAAUUUUCAUUUAAUGCAUUAAUUAAGUGGAUUAAAAGUUUGCCCGUC